UAUUCGCGCGCGGCACGAGACCUCAGUCAGUGAUUGACCCGAGAAUAGAAGCAGCGUUAUUUCUUCUGUCUCCAAACGUCUUCACAGAAACAUUACUGAGGUUCUACUGGUUCCCAACAAAAACUUCAAGAUGAUCCGCUAUCAGGAAUUAUUGUUAAUGGAGAACAAGGCACCUCCUUCUUCUGAUCCUGGAACAUCUACAGGAAGGUCAGAAACUUCACCACGAGACUCUCUGGAGGAAACCAAAAAGAUGGAGGAGUUGAAGGAGACCAUGGUGCAUGGGCAGAAAAAUCUGAAUGAAGGAUGGAUGGCAGCAGCACUAUUAAACACGAAGUCCAUAAUUACGAAGUUCUACUCGAAUUUGAAUACUUUUGAUGGCGAGUGCAGUGACGACUACAGAGAGAUGGAUUCAUCUGAGUCCAGUUCCCAUAUGACAGUGUUGGAGAGUCUGACUGCAUUUCCUCGUGGGGGACACGUGAGCAGUCUGACUCCGAGUCUGUUCCCCAUCUCACACGUGCACACGCUCACUGAAGGGUUGACCAAUUUCGGAUUCAACUGCUACGUUAACGCGAGUCUGCAGUGUCUGUUCACAGCUGAGACGUUCUGUGGAGAACUUUCCAACCUGCUGGACAAUUCCUUCCCCAAAGUAGACGACACAUUGAUCAGAUGUUUUGUGGAGUUGUCACGCUUGAGAAACGGCUUGAAAGGUGGACAUAAAAUCAACAAGGAUUCUUUGCUCAAAGACCUGAUUUUAUCAGCCACGAUGAUCAACCCUGAGUUCACCAUUGACCAACAGAAUGACGCCCAUGAAUUCCUCUGCUUCUGUUUGAGUGAAAUCGAGGAGUUUAUCUUAGGACACGUUGGAAAGAGGAUGUGGAACCUCGAUGUCCAGUCAAGUCCAAUUUCAAGUUCAACAUGAGGAACAUUAUAACGUGCACCAGCUGUGGAUCCCAGCAGAACAAACUGGAAGUCUUCAAUCACCUGUCUGUGCCCCUGGUGUGCGAGUCGGUGGAAAAGUGUGUCUACGACUUUGUUUAUAACACCACAGUGUUGGAGAGAAA